GCGUGGCCUGUAGGCCGGCAGGGCGGGCGAAGAUGGCGGCUGCGGGGCCGGCUCGGGCCGCGGCGCUGCUGCUGGUGGUGGGCGGCGAGUGCGGCUGCCCCGAGCUGCUGACCUACGUGCUCGGGGAGCUCGAGCGAGGCAUCCGGUCUUGGGAGCUGGAUGCGGCUGUGUGCAGCCUGGACGAGCAGCUCCGAGCCUUCGCCGCGCGGCACUCCGCCACCUUCUCCAGCAUUGUCAGAGGCCAGCGGAGCCUGCACCACCGCGGAGACACCCUGGAGACCCUGGUUCUCCUGAACCCAUCAGACAAGUCGCUGUGUGAUGAGCUCCGGACCCUGCUGCUGGACCCAGCUCCUCACAAGCUGCUGGUGCUGGCCGGGCCCUGCCUGGAGCAGACUGGGGAGCUGGUCCUGCAGUCAGGGUGCUUCUCGCCCCGCCACUUCCUGCAGGUCCUGGGAGACCAAGAGAUCCAGGACCUCCUGACCUCGACCCCGAUACCCGCCAAGCCGGCCCAGCUGACCAUCGCAUGCCCGGAGCUUGGGGACUGGGCCCAGCUAGCGGCUGAGGUACCAGCGCUGCAUGGCCGACUGCGACUGCGGUUGAACCCACCGGGGCGGCUGCCAGCGGGCGCAGGGCUGCGCGAGCUCCUGCAGGCAGUGGCCGAGUCGCUGGAGCCACCAUCGCCCUUUGAGCUGCUGGAGCCUCCUGCCUCUGUGGGCUUCCUGCGACUGGCGAGGCCCUGCUGCUACGUGUUCCCCGGGGGCCUGGGCGACGCUGCCUUCUUCGCUGUCAACGGCUUCACCGUGCUGGUUAACGGCGGGUCCAACCCCAAGUCCAGCUUCUGGAAGCUGGUGCGCCACCUGGACCGCGUGGACGCCGUGCUGGUGACGCAUGCGGGCGCCGACAGUCUGCCCGGCCUCAACAGCCUGCUGCAGCGCAAGCUGGCCGAGCGCGAGGAGGCGGCGGCCGCCGCGGGGGAAGCCGGGGCGGCCCCCGAUGAGCGUCUGCGCCGCCUCAUCUCGCCCGCGCUCGGUGUAGUCUUCCUGAACGCGCGUGCGGCCGCCACGUCGCGCCUGCUGCGAGGCCCUGACGACGCGCGCCUGGCGCUCAGCCUGCUGGACCGCCUGGGCUUGGCGCCGCUGUCCCUGAGCCGGGGCUCCACCGAGCCCGCGCCCACCGUGCUCUUCCAGAAGCUGGGCGUGGGCCGCCUGGACAUGUACGUGCUGCACCCGCCGGGUGCCGCCAGCACCGCCCGCGGGCCCGCGGUUCCCCCCGCCACCGCCUCCGCCGUCUGCGCACUGCUCGUGUGGCACCCGGCUGGCCCCGCCGACAAGGUGGUGCGGGUGCUGUUCCCUGGCUGCACCCCGCCCGCGCGCCUGCUGGACGGCCUGCUGGGCCUGCAGCACCUGGGAUUCCUGCGGGAGCCCGUGGUCACUCCGCAGGACCUGGCAGCGCCCCGGCGCGCAGAGAGCCGGGAGAGCCUGGGCUCUCGGGACGGAGCACCCCGGAGGGAGCCCCGCACCGCCCCCGCAUCCGCCCGGCCGGCCCCGGAGCGCGCCGGGCUGUCCCGCAAAGAAGCGCCGCGUGCUGAGCCCGCUCGCCGAGUGGCUGAGAGGGAGGCCCGGGCACCCCGAGAGGCGAAGAAGGACCCCAGGCCGGGCUCCCUGCGGUCCCAGCCUGCCGCCUCAGACCCGCGCCCCGCGAAGAAGGCCGGACUCCCCGCAGCCCCCAAGGCUCGCCGAGCUGCCGGUGCCCUGCGCCCUGGGGUGCCCCCCGUGGAGAAUGGCCCCCGCAGUCCCCCGAGCGUGCCAGGCACAGGGGCUGUCCCCAUGAUGGAGGAGGUUGGGGGCGCCAGGGAGCCCCCAUGCACGGAUGGACCUAAUUCCCAGAUUGCGCGCGAGCCCUCGCUGAACCUCCCUCUGGGCCCAUGCACCCCACGGCCGCGCACCCCGUCGCCCGCCGGUGCCCCCCAAGGCCCGGCCGAGAGCAGUGGCCGCCUGUCACUCAGCCCCACGGUGACCACUCCCUCGCUGCCCGCCGAGGUGGGCUCCCCUCACUCCACCGAGGUGGACGAGUCGCUGUCCGUUUCCUUUGAGCAGGCACUGCCGCCCGCCGCCGACGCAGGGCUCAGCCUCCCGCUGCGCGUCGCCCGGGCGCAACGCUCAGCGUCCCCCCAUGACGUAGACCUGUGCUUGGUGUCCCCUUGCGAGUUCCAGCAUCGCCGGGCUCUUGCCCUGGCGCCCGCCUCCCCUGGUAGCUCGGACGGCAGCAGCGCCCGCUCGCAGGAGCGUGCGUGCGCCCCGGGGCCAGAGGAGACGCCCCCCAGCUCCGUGAGCGAGUCGCUCCCCACCUUGUCCGACUCUGACCCGCUGCCCGCCCCGGGCCCUGCCGACUCUGACGACGACACUGAGGGCUUCGCCGUACCCUGCCGUGACCCACUGCCGGACCCCCUGAAGUUCCCCCCGCCACUGCCCACCCCGCCCAGCAUCUGCAUGGUGGACCCUGAGAUGCUGACCCUCCAGCCCACCAGUGUGCCAGAAGGGCGCAGCCGCAAGUCCCAGGCGCGUCCUCACUUGGGCUUGGCCGCCCCCAAAGCCGCUCCAGUGACCGCAGCCAAAACCAAGGGGCCAUCAGGCACUGAGCGAGGCAGCCGGCCCCUGAGCAGCCGGAGUGAGUCCAGUACCCAGACUGGCCGGGUACCCCUGUCCAGGAAGGCCUCUGUCCCCAAGACAACCCCCCGGGGCCCUGCUGGACCCGCCAGCAGCCGUUCCAGUGGUUCUUCGGGCCCCCCAGGCUGCCCCAUCUACCUGGACCUGGCCUACCUGCCUGGUGGGGGCAGCGCUCACCUGCUGGACGAGGAAUUUUUUCGGCGUGUGCGCGCACUCUGCUACGUCAUCAGUGGCCAGGACCAGCGGCGCGAAGAGGGGCUGCGAGCCGUGCUGGAUGCACUGCUGGCGGCCAAGCAGCAGUGGGAGCGCGACCUGAAGGUCACCCUGAUCCCCACCUUCGACUCCGUGGCCAUGCACGAAUGGUACGAAGAGACGCACGCGCGGCACUCGGCGCUGGGCAUCACAGUCCUGGGCAGCAACAGCACUGUGUCCAUGCAGGAUGAGGCCUUCCCUGCCUGCAAGGUGGAGUUCUAGCCCCGAGCGCGGAAUAAACCUGCUGAGCACCUCG